AUGAAAGAGUUAUCGGAUAGCUCUCCCAGGAGUCUGACAAAAGCUUCCCCCCCUUCUCUCUUCUCACUUUCUCACUGUAACCCACGUGACCUCCGUACUCUUCCACAAACACAAGUCUUAAUCAUCCCUUUCAUUCAAACGAACACUUUAGGUUGUUCUUCCCUCGAACAUUUUUCUAAAAUCCCCGAACUUGGAGGUUUUGUUACAUCCGAAUCUGCUUUUCUUCCGGGUGAAGGAGAAUGGGCGUGAUUUCACGAAAGUUAUUCCCAGCAUGUGUAAACAUGUGCGUCUGCUGUCCUGCUCUCAGAUCACGUUCUAGGCAACCUGUGAAGAGAUACAAGAAACUACUUGCAGAAAUCUUCCCCAAAUCACCUGAUGGCUCUCCAAACGAGAGGAAAAUUGCAAAAUUGUGUGAAUAUGCUGCCAAAAACCCUUUUCGUAUCCCCAAAAUUGCUAAAUAUCUUGAAGAAAGAUGCUACAAGGAGUUGCGAUUAGAUCAUAUUCAUCUGGUUAAUGUUAUAACAGAGGUGUAUAGUAAGUUGAUUUGCAUGUGCAAAGAACAAAUGGCAUAUUUUGCUGUCAACCUGCUGAAUGUUUCUAUUGAACUUUUGGAUGAUUCUAAACGGGAUUCAGUUCAGAUAACUGGAUGCCAAACCCUAACUCGAUUUAUAUAUAGUCAGGUGGAUGGAACUUACACAUAUAAUCUUGAACAUUUAGUUCAAAAAGUUUGUAUGUUAGCCUGUAAACCUGAGGAAGAAGAUGAAAAAAAGGGAUUGAGAGCAGCAAGCUUGCAAUGCCUUUCAGCCAUGAUUUGGUUUAUGACAGAGUUUUCACAUAUAUUUAGUGAUUUUGAUGAGAUUGUACAUGCGGCUUUAGGUAACUAUGAGCCAAAUACAAACAAUGAACAAGAUGAUGAUGGAGAGGAAGCACAUCAUAAUUGGGUGAAUGAAGUGGUUAGAUGUGAAGGAAGGGGGAUUCCUGUCGACACUGAUUCUAGCUACACUUCUCUCAAACCACGCCCUGAAAAGAAAGAUCCUUCCCUUUUACCUAGAGAAGAGGCGGAGACACCUAAAGUAUGGGCUCAAAUUUGCAUUCAAAGGAUGGUGGAACUUGCUAAAGAAAGUACAACAAUGCGUAGAAUAUUGGAUCCAAUGUUUGUAUAUUUUGAUACUAACAGACACUGGGUCCCUCCACGUGGGUUAGGGUUGAUUGUUUUAUCUGAUAUGGCCUACUUUGUAGAGAGCCCAGAAAACAAGCAGUUGAUAUUGGCUUCAAUUGUUCACCAUUUGGAUCACAAAAACAUUUCACAUGAUCCAGAAUUGAAAUCAUACGUUAUCCAGACUGCUUCUGCUUUGGCUCGCCAAGUUAGGUCUGAAGUUGCACUCAAAGAUAUUGGAUAUGUCACUGAUCUCUGCAGACAUUUGAGGAAAAGUCUUCAAGCAACUGUUGAAUCUGUUGGUGAACACGAGUUUAACUUGAAUGCGUUACUUCAAUCAUCCAUAGAAGAUUGUUUAUUCGAAAUUGGCAAAGGGAUUCUUGAUGCACGCCAACUGUUCGAUGUAAUGUCAACAACACUUGAGAAACUAGCACCUAGUAGUAUUGUUGCUAGGGCAACUACUGGAUCAAUGAUCAUUCUUGCUCACAUGAUUGUUAUAGCAUCUGUUUCCUCAAAUUCACAACAGGUGUUCCCUGAGGAUCUUCUUCUUCAACUUUUGAAACUAAUGCUGCAUCCAGAUGUUGAAAUACGAUUGAGUGGACACCAAAUCUUUUCUGUUCUUCUCAUUCCAAAUUCUAAACAUUUGAGGCGUGAUACUGAUGCUUCUACUUCUAAUCAAACAAGAAGAUGGAGUUCUGAUACUGCAUCUGUGUUUGCCUCUGUUACAUCUUUACUCGAUAAGCUUCGUGGAGAAAAAAAUGGAAAAGAAAUUGUUUGUAUUCAAGAUGGGGAUAACAACAACACUGAGGCUGAAAGAAAGCAUCCUGGGUGGGCCCACAAGAAAUCCCCAAACUUUCAGAAAUUAUCUUCCAUCACUGCUGGAGAAAUCACAUUGUCUGAUGCAGAAUCAUCUGUUAUGAAGUUUAGUGAGGAUCAAAUAACUCAAUUAUUGUCUGCUUUUUGGAUUCAAGCCAAUCUUCCUGAUAACACUCUUGAAAAUAUCGAAGCUUUAGCUUAUUCUUUCUGCUUAACACUUAUUUCUUUGCGACUUAAGAAUCCCAAUGACAAUCUUGUGGUUAGGAUCUUCCAACUUCCCUUGUCACUUUGGAAGAUAUCAUUUGAUCAUGGUAAUGGAAUGUUGUGUCCAGCUCACCAAAGAUCACUUGUUACAUUAUCAACAGCAAUGCUGAUGUUUGCAGCCAAGAUGUAUCAAAUUCCUGAUGUUGCUGAUGUACUCAAGCCAAUGCUUAAAUCUGAUGUUGAUAACUACUUGGGUAUCAGUGAUGAUUUUCAAGUUUAUAUAAAGCCUCAGGCAGAUAUAAAAAACUAUUGUUCAGACCAUGAUAAUCAACUGGCUGCUGCUCUUCUUGCUGAUUUGCAAAACAAGAUGUUUAAAUCUAAUGAGAUGAUUGUCGAUAUUUUAGUCCAUAAAUUAUCCAGCAUAACUGAGAUGGAAGCAGAAGAAGUACGUAUUCAGUUGUUGGAAACUUUCAUGCCGGAUGAUGCCAUAUUUGGUCAAGAAUCAAUGCUUCAUUUAGAUCACUCUCAUAGAGUCGCACAUUCAAAAGAAUCCCUUUCUUUUGACACGCAGGAUUUUCCCACAAAUUCGUUAGUUGAAGACGACGCAAGCAGUGAAUCAUCUGUUUCAGAUCUCUCUCGCUUCAUAUCCAAAUCUCCUACACCAAGCUCCAUGUCUCAUGUCAUUAGCAUCCGACAGCUUCUUGAAUCAGCAUUAGAAGCAGCUGGACAAGUGGCUGGAGCAUCUGUGUCAACCUCUCCCCUACCAUUCAGCACCAUGGCUGGGCAGUGUGAAGCCUUAGGCACAGAUUCAAGGAAAAAGCUCUCCACUUGGCUCUCUCAUGCAAACACUGAUGCAACAAAACCUUCACCCAUGCCUACUCACACUUCAAAUGCUAUGAAGAUUUUGGGUGAAGAUGAGCCACUUUGUAGAGGAAUGAAUGGACUGAGGCUACCUCCUGCUAGCCCAUUUGAUAACUUUUUAAAAGCAGCUAGAUAUGGUUAGAACAGAUGGGAUCUCUUGUUAAUACCUGUUUCUACUAAUUCAUGUCGAUCAAAUGUAUGAAUUAACUUGAUUUAUAAUACCCUUUUAGGAUUUGUUUGUAGGGAUAAUGACUUGAGAGGGUAACCUAUUUUAGCUUUUGGUCACAUUUGGUCACUAAAUUAUUUUUCGUGAUUUAUUAACCAUUGAACUUGUUGAAACGUAUACAUUAUACCAGUAUGACCGAUAAUAGUAGGUUUUGCCGGUUUCCGGCGUUGUGUCCGGCCAAACAUGAGUUUUCCGGUCAUCUUCUCCGGUCAAACUCAAUUUUCCGACGUUUCUGGCAAGAACCAAAAUUUUCCUGGUCACUCAUGAAAACCACUGAAAACGGAGUUCAAACCCAAAAAAAUCCACAAAAAAACAUAGUUGUCUCAUCAAGUGUGUGAUCUGUAGAAAAACAUCCACCAAAAACGGAGUUGAAAUUUUUUUAAGAACUGAAACAUGGAUUUGCAGAAAAAAAGGAUGAACAAGAACACGAUUUCAAAAUUGUUUUCUGAUCUGGUUUGAAGAUUCAUCUUGUUAUGUGAAUUUUUUUGGGAGGAAAUCGAAUUCGGAAAACCUGGAGUUUUCGUGUGUUCAUGUUCAUGUUCAUCUUCAUCAGCAUAUACUGAAAGAUGAAGAACAUCUUCAUCUUCAUCUGAAAACCCUUCAUCUUGAAGAGUUUUUAUACAUCUUCAUCUUUUGGUAUAUUCUUCAUCCAGAUUUGAGUUCCUUCAAACUUUGAUUUGGAUCCAAAUUGGCGUUCCUUCAAACUUUGAUUUGGUUCCAGAUUCGUGGGCUAGGGUUUCUUCAAAAAUAAAAUUGUUCAUCAGAUGUGUGUUUGAAAUUGAUUUCGUUUUCAGGUCUGUGUUUGCAAUCAAUCAUCAGUAUCGUAAUUAUACUUCAAAAUCGAAAUCAAUUCCAAAUACCAUGAAGAUGAAUAUGAAUGGGUCUAGAAACGAGGCCUGAAAUCUGCCAUAUGUGAACUGGAGACGAGUUCGAUUCCUGUUAGGCUUUCUUCAUCAUAAACAAAAUCGAUUCCAAAUGUUGAAGGGUUUGAAUUCGAGGAUUUGAUGGGUUUAAACAAAAUCGAUUCCAAAUAUUGAAGGAUUUGAACUCAAAAUCUGCCAUUGAUGAACUUGAUUUCACAUUUGUUUAAGAUUUGUUCCAAAACCAUGUAUGAACUUGAGUUUACAUGUGUUUCAUAUGUAUAUGUUCCAAAAAUCUACCAUGAAUGAACUUGAAAGCUGUCAUGGCCGGAAAACUCAUGCUUGGCCGGAGAAGAUGAUCGGAGAAGAUGACCGGAGCGCCAGAAAUGUUGCCGGAGGUGGAACUCAGCCCCCACAACAAUUUUUACCUGCUAUUAUAGGUCAUAAUGGUAUGUUUUAAACAAAAAAACAAGUUUAAGGGUUAACAGUGCACUAAAAUAAGUUAAGUGACCAAAUAUGUACAAAUGAUAUAGUUUGUUACCCUCUCAAGUCAUUAUCCCUUGUUUGUAUGUAAUCGUGUUGAGUAUUGUUUGAUGUCGUUAAG